CUGGCUAGCAGCGAACCCGGCGGUGUUUAGGACCCGGCGGGACACACGGUACAAUAGCGCUCUUGUGCCGUGUUGGUAGGCCGACUGGAACCAGGAGCAGUCCACUGUGGCGGCACACAAAAACCCUCAAUUUAAUCCAACUGGCAGUUUUUAAAUACGAGCGUUUGUUUGCGUGGACUCUUUGUGCUCGCUGCCGGCCGCCGUGCGUGGACUGAGGCGGACAAAGCAGAGCUGGACGUGAAGGGAUAAAGUGAAGUGCUCAAGUGUCAGCGGAAGCUACUAGCAUGCUUUUCAACUGCAGCUUUAUGGGUGUGACAGGAUGAAACGUCUUAGGACCCCCAGCAGCAGCGACACUUCUGACAAUGAGAGUCCCUCAACGUCCUUCUGCUCGUCCAACAAGUAUGGCAGCAAACCCGGCACGCCUGCCCCGGACCUCAAGAAGCCGGCUGAAGUGUUCCGAAAAGACCUGAUCAGCGCCAUGAAGCUGCCGGACUCCCACCACGUGCCGCCGGAGGACUACUACCUGCUGGCCGACUCCUGGAAGCAGGAGUGGGAGAAAGGGGUCCAGGUCCUGGCGAGUCCGGACACCAUCCCGCAGGCGUCUGUCAGGAUCAUGGCGGAGAAGUCCAAAGAGGUUCUCUACAGCCACCAGAAGAAGUACAUCCAGUGCUCCGGCCAGGAGACGGUGGAGCCGGGCUACGUCAACAUCAAGGAGCUGGCGGAGGCCAUGUGCCGCUACGACCUGGACGACGUGGACCUGUACUGGCUGCGGGCCCUCAACACGGAGCUGCUCCGCAUGGGGGAGGAGCCUAUCGACGAGCUGAUGAUGGAGCGCACCAUGGAGGCGCUGGAGGGCCGGUGCCACGACAGCAUGAAGCACGCCAUCCAAACGGUAGAAGGGCUGGGCAUCGAGUACGACGAGGACGUGGUGUGCGACGUGUGCCGCUCACCCGACAGCGAGGAAGGCAACGACAUGGUGUUCUGCGACAAGUGCAACAUCUGCGUGCACCAGGCCUGCUACGGCAUCGUCAAGGUCCCCGUGGGGAACUGGCUGUGCCGCACCUGCGUCCUCGCCAUCGACCCGCAGUGUCUCCUGUGUCCCAAGAAGGGCGGGGCCAUGAAGGCCACGCGGGCGGGCACCAAGUGGGCCCACGUCAGCUGCGCCCUGUGGAUCCCAGAGGUCAGCAUCGCCUGUCCUGAGAGGAUGGAGCCCAUCACCAAGGUGUCCCACAUCCCACCCAGCCGCUGGUCGCUCAUCUGCAGCGUGUGCAAGGUCAAGACGGGCGCCUGCAUCCAGUGCUCGGUGAAGAACUGCACCACCCCGUUCCACGUGACCUGCGCCUUCGAGUACAGCCUGGAGAUGAAGACCAUCCUGGACGAGGGCGACGAGGUCAAGUUCAAGUCCUACUGCCUCAAGCACAGCAAGCCCAAGGCGGGCGAGCCGGGUCUGGGUCUGAGUCCGGCGCGGCCCAAGGCGCCCUGCGACUCGGCCAAGGUGGGCCAGCGGGCUCAGCGGCUGCAGGAGCUGGAGGAGAAGUUCUACGCGCUGGUGCAGCCCGACGAGGUGUCGCGGGCGGUGGCGCUCUCACAGCGUCUGGUGGACUUCAUCUACCAGUACUGGAAGAUGAAGCGCAAGAGCAACUUCAACCGAGCCCUGCUGGCACCCAAAGACGACGAGGAGAACCUGGUCCUGCAGCCACACCAGGACAGCAUCCACACCCGCAUGCGCAUGUUCAUGCACCUGCGCCAGGACCUGGAGAGGGUGAGGAACCUCUGCUACAUGGUGAGUCGCCGAGAGAAGUUGAAGCUGCUGCAGAGCAAAGCCCAGGAGCAGAUGUUCAACCUGCACGUCACCCUCAUGAGCCACGACCUCUCUGCAGGCCUGGCUGCGUGCGUCCCAGUGGAGAGUCUCCUGUUCCGGCCUCCUCCCAGGAUCACCUUGAAGCUAAAGAUGCCCAAGUCCUCGGUUUUGCCCGCCUCCAAGUCCGCCAACGGGCCUCUGUGCCCGGACAACAGCGGCAACGUCGCGGAGCGCCCCAGCGAGGGCUUGGGCCAGGGCAAGCCGCAGCUGCACGGACACGCCCACAGGGAGGAGCGGGCCAACGGGCGCCUGGCGGGCUCGGCGUCGGGCGUCAAGCCCACGGGAAAGCCGCUGACGCUGCACGCCGCGCUCCACGGCCACUCUUCCAACGGCAGAUCUGAACAGGAGCGAGCGAACGCCAACGGCGUCUCGGAGAAGGCGGUGGCCCAGAAGGACAGCUCGUGUCAGACCCCCGCUGAGCCGGGCGCUCCCAAGCAGACUUUGGACAAAGGCUCUUUUGGCAAGUCUGCCAUGGAGCACUUCGGCAGGUCCUUCAAGGAGGCCACCAUGAACUUGGUCCGCACCACGGAGGACCUGCGGGCCUCGGACAAGCUGAGCCGGAAGGAGAGACUUUGGCCCAAGGCCGUGUCGGAACACCAGGCCAACAACACCCGCCUGUGCCACGACAGCGACGGCUACUGCCCAGACCUGGAGCUCAGCGACUCCGAGCCCGAGGCCAAGGGCAGGCACCGGCGCCAGGCCGGCCAGCCGCCGCCGCCACCGGACACGGCGAGGAGGAGAGGGGGCGGCCAGAAGGGCGCCGGGCGCGGCAAGCAGACGCUGGGCCGCGUGCAGAGGUGACGGCAGAUUUUUGUACUUGGCACAACUUUCUACCCAACAGUCGCACGGGACCGUGGCCUCCAUUUGUACUUGGCACAACUAUCUACACAACAGUCACAUGGGACUGUGGCCUCUGUUUGUACUCGGCACGACUAUCUACACAACAGUCACUUGGGACUGUGGCCUCUGUUUGUACUUGGCACGACUAUCUACACAACAGUCGCAAGGGACUGUGGCCUCCGUCUCACCUGCCAGCCUCUUCUAAAAGCUGCCUUUUAGAAAACCGUAUGAACCUGGCUGGUGGACUUCUUGUCGCCAUAGCAACAGCAAAUCAUUGACUGUUUAUGGAAACACUAAGACCUGGUCAGACCCGGUCCUGUGUGCGAGGACCACCUUCUGACCGAACCAGUCGUCACACGUUGGCUGCCUUGACUUUUGAUAAUAAACCAGCAACUGUUUGCA